CUGUGUAAUGUUCAUCACCAUUUUUUAUAUUUUAUAUAUAUUAGACAGACUUUUUUUGUGAAAUUUUUUAAAUAAAAUAUGUUGAUAUGUUAUUGGUAAAAUUCUAUUAAAAUAUUUAUUUAUAGAAAAUAAAUAAUAACAUAAUUUGAUGUAAAAUGUUGAAGAAUAGUUGAAUUUAAUUGAAAGAGGGAGCAAUGCAUGAAAACCAAAACCCUAUCCAAAAAAAAAAAAAAAGUUGAAGGGAAUGCAAAUAAUGAAUUAAGUUGAGUUGUGAAUGUGAGGAGAGCAGAGCAGCAAGUAUGGCGUCAAUUUGGACAGUUGAGUUUCGGUCUCUUUCCGUUCGCCCUUAUUCUUCUAUUCCUACCACCACAACAAACCAUCGUAUCCGUAUCACAAAUGGGAUUUCCAAAUCACUUGUUAUCCGCACUCAUCAAUUCAAACAACACUGUUUCACUUCCAUUGCCAAAUGGAAUCAUCAACUCGUUACUUCCACCCCAAUGCAGCAUUUACUGCUUAAUCGAAACCCUGGUACCAAUUUUGCAAUUUGGGUAUGCGUUGCGGUUGUGGUUGUGGUUUUUGUUGCUGCUGUGAAGGGGUUUUCCAGGAAAAAAGAACGCCCUGGUUCCGUAGCUGAUCUAGUUAGACGUGGUCAAUUGAGAUCGGAUAGAAGAGGCAUAUCAAGGCCUCUCAAAUAUGAAGAUCCGUUCAAUAAUCCCAUGGUCAAGGUUAGCAAAAGCAACUCAAGUGUAGAGAUGUGUGGAAAGGUUUACCGUUUAGCCCCUGUCACGCUUACUCAAGAGGAACAGGCGGUUCACCAGAGAAGGAGAUCACGUGCGUAUGAGUGGAAGCGUCCCACAAUUUUCCUUAAAGAAGGAGACUCGGUUCCUCCGGAUGUUGAUCCUGAUACAAUCAGGUGGAUUCCUGCAAAUCAUCCCUUUGCAACUACUGCUAUGGAUAUUGAUGAGGACUUUGCUCAGAGAAAUGUCAAUCAAAAGCAUGGAGUUCCUUUCCGUAUUCAAGCUGAGCAUGAGGCCCUGCAGAAAAAACUUGAAGCCCUACAAAAUGAAGAGAAUCUCAAUAAACUUGUGAUAGAUCCUACCAAUGUUAAAGAAAUUGAGAGACCAUUCAACUCCAAUACCAGAUUAAAUGAUCAUGCAGAGAAGACCUCUUUAAACGAUCAGGCAAAAGAACCCUCCUCCCCUAUAUUAGAUAGUGGCCCAAAUCACUUUGAAAGUGCACCAUCACCCGGAGAAUCAAAACCUUAAGCUUUAAAUUUUCUUGUGGGCGGGCUAUAAAUAUGAGUAACAGUACUAAUGUAGAUUCCAGUUUGCUACAAAAUUUUGUACUAUUAUCAGGGAGCAUUAGAACUGUCUAAUUGUAUAGCUGAGGACUGUAAAUAUAAUUUUAUUUAUGUUUGGUAAGUGUUGCUGCUAUUACUCAGAUUUCAUCAAGAGUUUUCCACUU